GGUUACCGGUUCGCAUCUUAUUUAUCGACUUUGAGCCUAAAUUGCCAUCCUUCCAAUUAACUCAAAAGGGCGGUAUUUCCUCUUCCCUGUACUCUCCGUAUCUUCUCUCUAGUUUGCUAAGUUCCUCGUUGCAUUCGUCGAAUACGCAUAUACUAGAUACACAUUUCGCAAAAUCAAGUUUUUGUUGACUUUGCCUCUUUUUCAAUACUCAACAGAAAUCGGAUAUCGGUUUUUGUGGUUUUUUUCGCACAUCCCUCUGCAUCCACAGUCGUGGUUACAUCGCCCCUCAAAACACAUCCUUUCCUGAACCAACACCAUGUCUUCUGAGACUGCCAAUCAAAAAGUUGACCAAAAAGUCAUUGACGAGCUCGAGAGAGUUCUCGUCAACGCCGACAAGAAGACUCAUCUCAGUCUUCGUUACCGUGCUCUUUUCAGCUUGAACGCUUUGGGCAAGAAGGGUGACUCUCGUGCCAUCGACGCCGUCUACAGUGCUUUCGGCGAUGAUUCCGAGCUUUUGAAGCACGAGAUGGCUUACGUUCUUGGCCAAUCCGGUCAGAAGUACGCUGUUGAGCCUCUUACCAAGGUUCUUAACGACCUUAACCAACAAGUUAUGGUUCGUCACGAGGCCGCUGAGGCUUUGGGCGCUUUGGGUUUCCCUGAAGCUCUUCCCGUUUUGCAAAAGUACUACAAGGAGGAUCCUCUCGUCCCCAUCAAGGAGACUUGUGACCUUGCCAUCAACCGUAUUUGCUGGAAGAAUGGUUUGGAGCGCAAGAACGAGGUCAUUUCCACCAGUGAGUAUGACGACGUUAUUGACCCUGCUCCUCCUUUGCCCGAUGCCACUGCUGCCGAUGUCAGUGCUGAGGUGAAGAAGCUUCGUUCCGAGCUCAUUGACCAAAAGCUCCCUCUCUUUUAUCGCUACCGUGUCAUGUUCCGUCUUCGUAACAUUGGUACCGAGGAGGCCGUUGAGGCUCUUACCGAUGGUUUCCAAGAUCCCUCUGCCCUUUUCAAGCACGAGGUCGCUUUUGUUUUCGGCCAAUUGACCUCCCCCAAGGCUAUUCCCUCUUUGGUCAAGGUUCUCGAGGACAAGUCUGAGGCUCCUAUGGUUCGUCACGAGGCUGCCGAGGCUUUGGGUGGUAUCGCUACUGCCGAGUGCAUUCCUGUUUUGGAGAAGUAUGCCAAGGAUGAUGUCCGUGUUGUUGCCGAAUCUUGCAUUGUUGCUCUGGACAUGAUCAAGUAUGAGCAAUCUGGUGAGAUGGAGUAUGCCUACGUUCCCAAGGCCGGUGGAAAGGUCCCACUCGAGAAUGAAGAGUAAACGUAUCACUUUGUUUAAGAGGCGGGGAUUUUAUUCUUCCUAAGGUUAGCCGUUCUCUGUUCUUUUUUUUUGGUUUCUUUUUUUCUCCCUAGACAUACAACUGCGCGUCUGAACAAAAGGUUCAGCAUUUAAUAAGAUUGGUGAAAUGGUGGAAGCUUUGGGUAGUGAACCAUGUAUGUGUAUUCGGUGUUAUUGAUUUGCGUG